AGCGUUCACCACCUAUCUGUUCAAAAUGAGCUACUACGCGACGAGAUCAAAGGACUUAAAUCAGCUCUUCUAUACAAAGAGAAGCACAAAGGUAAGGGUAAAGCUCUUGAUCUUCAACAGCGCCAAGAGUAUCACGGUGGUGCUGUCUUCUGGUCGCCUCGCAAGAUCCGCGAAGCUCAGGCUCGAGAAGCAGUACGUAAGCGCGAUGAGGUGGAGCAGAAACUUCAGAAGGCACAGGAUAAACAGCAGCGUAAGGAGCUUCAACUACAGCGUCAAGUUGAGCUUGAGCAGAAGCGCGCUGAUCGAUUGAGACUUAAGGAGAUGCGCGAUGCUGAGCGAGCUGAGAAAGCAGCUGAACGCGCGCAUCAAAUUGAAGCUCGCAACGCCCAAAAAGCUCAACACCAAGCUCAAAAACGAUCGCGUACAGCCUCACGAGCGCCUAUCUCAAAGAACAAGCGUCAAAAACGAUUAGUGGAUGAUAGAGCUGGCGAUAGAGCUGCACCUGCUGCAUCAUCUAUCCCGCCAAGGAUCACGUCGCGCGGCCGCAGCGUCAACCUCCCGCAAAAAUUCAGAUAA